AUGCGACGAGACGCCCGGACGGUCGUAUCUUCAGCCAGGCGCGAAAUUGACGCGGAGGAGGACUCAGAGCAGCAGCUGUCUUCCGUCCGACAAGGUUUCGUGCGGAGGACCCAAGGGCGGAGUCCGCAGCAAUCGAGACGCCGGAGUGGAGAAGAGAGCGAUACGGCAGUCACUGAAAGCGUCGCCGCGGAACGCGCAUUCGCUGUGCUUCGAGAACGGCUGGCGGGCCGAUGUCAUGAGGCGAUUUCCAGCGAAACAGAUGAGAACAGAGACCCACGAUCCGCGUUUUCAGAGUGCACCCGUGUUCCGCAUCGUUCCGCCUCUACGCCAUCGUCGUCUCCGCUCGAAUGCUCCGCAUCUGCUUCUGAUGCAACUGACGCUGCUUGUGGCUCUCCUGCUCAUUCAUUGUCCGCUGCUUCCGGUUUUUCCGAAUCUACGGCAGAUGAUACGGACGAAGACGAAUCCUUACUCAAAAUCUUCUGUGUGUGUGCACCUGGACUGGAGGGCCUCCUUGCUCGCGAGUUGCUUUCUCUUCGCUUUCCACCGCCUCCGCCUUUCAGUCGGGAGCGGGGUGACAGUGUGUCACCUGGAGACUCGAGGUCCGACGAAAAAGCACGACUGCAGGAAGCGGCCGUGUCCGCCGCGGCAGCUGCGGCCGAGGCAGCGAACAGACUGGUUAUCAAUGGGCCCGUUGAUGGGAAGUACCGAGGUUCUGGCGGAGGAGUCGAGGUCACUGGAACUCUCGAAACUCUGUGGAACAUCUGCCUCCGGAGCAGGUUGACAGACGCUGUCCGAGUACGAAUAGGCAGUCCGUUCCCGGCACAACGGGAAACGACGCUUCUCCGCAGGCUCUGCGCCCUUCCAUGGCAGAAGUUCGUCCCCCUCGUCGCCGAUUUAGGCGAACCCGUCGUUUCAGUUCGGGUGCGGCGGUCACGGCUGCACCAUACGAAGAUGCUAGAGGAGAUGACAGCUGCUGCUGUGAAAGAAAACAAGAAGAAAUUCAUUCACGAAAGCAAGCGAGACGGCCUGCCUCCACACUUACGAGGACGAGGAGGAACCGUUGGCCGCGGCUGUUGCAUGCUAGGAAUUGCUGGCGGGGUUCCCGCUAACACACCCCGGCGCCGUCAUGCCUUCUUUGACUUCCCUAUUCACUCUCCAUCGCGUUUUGCCGCCUUUCUCGACUGUCCGUCAUUGUCACGAAUCUCCCAUAUGGUCGCAGGAGCGCUAGGGAUACAAUCGAUUCAAUGGAAUGCUCAACUGGCGGGCAAUUUCACGAUUUUCAAACGGUGGAAUAGAGGUCGAGCUACUGAAGUACGUCGGCAAGAAACAUCAGAAGAUUACCGUACAUUGUUGAUCGCAAUGCUCGAGUUCACAAAUACUGUCGUCUUCAACCGCUAA